AUGCUGCCACCGGUGAACGCGACCCUCGUCUCCGAGCCGUCCGUUCGUCUGCUGCUAGCUGCUGGUGGAUUUGAGGGCGAGAAUGAGACGUCGCUCGCCAAAACGACGUCCCCACCCGUCGAUUUCCAUGUGGCCCACGCAUUCUUCGUGCUCCUCAUCAUUAUGGUGGUGCUCGGAAACCUGGUGGUGCUCCUAGCCGUACUGGCAGAUCGGAAACUCCGCACGGUGACCACCAACAAGUUCAUCGCAUCGCUGGCAGUUUCCGAUCUGCUCGUCGGUCUGGCCGUCAUGCCACUAUCGCUCAAUUCGAAGAUCCACGACGAUCAAUGGACACUCGGGCAUACCUGGUGCCAAUUCCAUCUGGUGACAGGUGUCUUCUCCACCACAGCAUCCAUCGUACAUCUCGUCGCUAUCAGCCUCGAUCGCUACUUUGCCAUCAUGUUCCCAACGGAGUAUCAGCGGCACAGCGUCAGCACAUCCACCAUGCCCUAUGUGGUGAUGAUUUGGCUGAUGGCGUUCUGCGUCUCCUCGUCCCUUUUCAUGGAACAGAGUCCGGUCGAUGAGAGGAUAUGCUGGAUUGACAAUCCGCAGUAUAUUGUACUGUCGGCGUUGCUCUCCUUUUUCCUUCCCGGCGCCAUCGUCGUCUACCUCUACGUGAAGAUUUUUCAGAAACUACGGAACCACCAGCUGUACAUGUUCGGACAGCAGAGCGCCCGACAGCCAGACCAUAAAAGAUCAUUACCACGGGUCAUCAUCGAGGAGGUGCGGUCGCGUCGCGGUUCGCGGCUCUCUCAGACGGGUUCAUCCGGUGGUUCACCAACGAGAAGGAGCAGCAAUUCAAAGAGCGAACGCAGCCCAUCUCAGCCGGAAAUUCAUGCGUUACCAAAGCUACCACAACGAUGGCGCAGCCCGACGAUAUGCGCCGAGACGUUCGAGCACGACCGAAAUGUGGCGGCCAAGAAGCGGGUGUCCAUUGUGCCCGAUCCCCCGUCGAUGGACGUCUCCUACGCGUCGAAUAUCGGAGCGCUACGCGCCGAGCAUGAAGCCGCGAGGUUACGCGAGAAAGAGGAAGCCGAAGUGCGGCUAAUCGAAGAGCCGAAAGUACGAAAAUUCUCCGAGAAAUGCUGCGAGCGGCAGGACGUCGAGAAAAAGUCACGUGAAAAACUGGCGGAACGGCGGCGGAAUUCGAUGGACAGUCGCCCCAAUGGCAUACCCAUUAUGCUGGCGUUUAAUAAGCUGUUCCAGGCGUACAACGACAUCAGGAUGGGCAGAAGAAGAUCAUCGCUGGGCCGGGAAGAUUCAGAAGAAAUCCACAUGCCCCUCCGCGUACACCUAUCGACAGUCUAUGCGGAUGACGAGGAAAAUGCAAGUGCAGAACAUCCGGCGCUCGAAACGACCACCGAAUUGGACGAAAAAUCGGACGAGCCGGUGGAGGUUCAGCCAUUCCCCAAAAUCGAAGAGGAGGAACAGCAGAUUAGCGCAGAAUCUUCGGAAGCGCCAGCCUGUCGCCCAUUGCUACCGUUGCCGGCCGAAAACUUGUUGCAACCAUUGCCGAGGCUCUCCAAAAUUGAUACCACCCAAAUCAAGCCCAACAACGGGCAAACCAGGUACCGCCGCAUCUCGAUGAACAGCUACGGGAGCAGUCUGACGGACGGCACGGAUUCGACGUUUGAGAUUGAUUCCAGACGGAGCAGCGCGUGGUCAACACUCCGCUCGGCCGUCCUCAGCAACGAUUUCAAGAGCUAUUCCCGGUCUCCGGUCGAAAUCUCCGUCGACGGCGUGCAUUUUCACAAGAAAAACGGGCUCAGUCGCGGGAAGCUGAGGCGUAUCGCCACUCAGGUUACCCGAGCGAUAAGACGGAAACGGAGGGAAUCGAUGGCGAUCCGGCGGGAGAGUCGAGCCACGAGGGUCGUCGCCGCUAUUCUUAUGGCGUUUCUGAUCUGCUGGUUGCCGUUCUUCUGCCUAUCCGUCUACCGUGGCAUCCUGGUCGGCUUUCGGGUCCAUAUCUCGCGCGAAUGGCACACGCAACUCUACGUCGCCACCAGUUGGCUUGGCUACGCGCACUCGUGCUUCAACCCGGUCAUCUACAUGUGCCUCAACAAGAAUUUUCGGGCCACGCUACGCAGGAUGCUCUCCGUACAGCACAGGGGA